AUGGGCAAGGAUUGGCGGAUGGAGCUGCGGGGAGCGGUACACUAUUUUAGCAGGACUUUUUAUGGUGGAAAAUGUAUCUGGUUAUCAAGCACGCGACGACAAACUCCACUGCCACCUGCUCCGAGCUGUCGAUGGGGAUUAAGGGGCUUAAAAAUUCCAUGCAACCCAAAAGAUCUAGCCUAG